CUCCCUCUCCUGGGAUUUUGCUGCCGGGCUCCCUCUCUCUGCGGCCCUAGAGUUAAUCCCAUCAGCCGAGAUGAACCUGUAGUCUUGCUUUGAAAAAGCCAUUUUGUGUAACUCUUGACUGAAUAAUUUCCUAAUACACCUGUUGGGAGGAUCACUGGCCCAGUAUGCCAUUUGAGAGGCACUUUUUCUUGACCAGAUACUGGUGAUUAGAGAAGAGAGGUGUUUUGUUUUUUUGGUUUUUUUUCCUGAUCAUUAUGAACAUUGGCUUUUCACCCCUGAAGUAAAAAUGUUGAAAACUGAGUCUUCGGGUGAACGUACCACGCUCAGAAGUGCCUCUCCUCACAGGAAUGCAUAUAGAACUGAGUUCCAGGCAUUGAAAAGUACCUUUGACAAACCCAAGUCAGAUGGGGAACAAAAAACAAAAGAAGGUGAGGGCUCCCAGCAGAGCAGGGGGAGGAAAUAUGGCUCCAAUGUCAACAGAAUUAAAAACCUAUUUAUGCAGAUGGGCAUGGAACCCAGCGAGAAUGCCGCAGUCAUUGCCAAAACAAGGGGCAAAGGUGGACCUUCGUCCCCUCAGAGGCGAAUGAAGCCCAAAGAGUUUCUGGAAAAAACAGAUGGCUCGGUUGUUAAGCUGGAGUCCUCUGUUUCAGAACGAAUUAGUAGAUUUGACACAAUGUACGAUGGCCCUUCAUAUUCUAAGUUCUCAGAAACACGCAAGAUGUUUGAGAGGAGUGUGCAUGAGUCAGGACAGAACAACCGCUAUUCCCCAAAGAAGGAGAAGGCUGGAGGGAGUGAGCCUCAGGAUGAAUGGGGUGGUUCCAAGUCCAACCGAGGCAGUACUGAUUCCUUGGACAGUCUUAGCUCCCGGACCGAGGCUGUCUCCCCAACUGUGAGUCAACUGAGCGCAGUGUUUGAGAACACCGAUUCCCCCAGUGCCAUCAUUUCCGAGAAGGCUGAGAACAGCGAGUACUCGGUGACUGGGCAUUAUCCCCUGAAUUUGCCAUCUGUUACCGUGACAAAUCUCGACACCUUUGGACACCUUAAGGAUUCUAAUUCUUGGUCUCCUCCAAGCAAGCACAGUGACGAUGCAGAGGAUGCUCCCAAGAGUACCACAAGCCCAGGACUAGAGGUGGCUUCGAAAAGUACCUCUCUAGCUUCUGUGCCUAGCGAAGAGGCGCAGCAGAGCAAGGCAGCCGAGGCCCCCACAUCUAGCCACGAGGCUCCCGACAGAACUGACAGAGACAUCCCUGAAGAAGCUGGUGCCGAAAGCAAGGCAGUGCCAGAGCUUGAAAUCCCUUCACCACAGAACGAACCUUCAGAAGACGCAGAAGCUCGUUUGGUUGGGAGUGAGGCAGCAAUGCAACAGAAGAGAGAACUUGCAGGUGGUGAUUUCGCCCCUGCUGAUGUAUCUAGGUUCACUUGUGAAAAGGAUGUAUUUGAAGAGCCGCAUCAUUUCGGGAGCUCCCAUGUUUACAUGCACAGUGACUAUAACAUCUAUAGGGUGAGAUCCAGGUAUAAUUCAGACUGGGGAGAGACAGGCACUGAACAGGAGGAGCAGGAAGAUAGUGAUGAAAACAAUUACUGUCAGCCUGAUUUGGAGUACUCCGAGAUCGUUGGAUUGCCAGAAGAAGACGACAUCCCGGCAAAUAGGAAAAUUAAGUUUAGUAGUGCUCCGAUUAAGGUCUUCAGCACAUACUCCAACGAAGACUAUGACAGGAGGAAUGAUGAAGUUGACCCCGUAGCUGCUUCGGCUGAGUAUGAACUUGAAAAACGUGUAGAAAAGCUGGAACUUUUCCCAGUGGAACUAGAAAAAGAUGAGGAUGGACUUGGCAUAAGUAUUAUUGGAAUGGGUGUUGGAGCAGAUGCAGGCCUUGAAAAGCUGGGAAUAUUUGUCAAGACAGUGACAGAAGGUGGUGCUGCUCAGCGAGAUGGCAGAAUACAAGUCAAUGACCAGAUUGUGGAAGUGGAUGGAAUCAGCUUGGUGGGUGUCACACAGAAUUUUGCUGCAACCGUUCUAAGAAACACCAAGGGCAAUGUCAGAUUUGUUAUUGGGCGAGAAAAACCAGGACAAGUGAGUGAGGUUGCCCAGUUGAUAAGCCAGACGCUGGAACAAGAAAGGCGCCAGAGAGAGCUGCUUGAACAGCACUAUGCCCAGUAUGAUGCUGAUGACGAUGAGAACACUGUGGCUGAAUUGCAAGGAGUGUCUGGCAACUGCAAUAACAAUAACAACUAUUUCCUAAAGACAGGAGAAUAUGCCACAGAUGAAGAGGAGGACGAGGUAGGGCCUGUUCUUCCUGGUGGUGACAUGGCCAUUGAAGUCUUCGAGCUGCCUGAGAACGAGGACGUGUUUUCCCCCUCAGACCUGGAUACAAGCAAGCUCAGUCACAAAUUCAAAGAGCCUCUCUUCCCAAGUCGUCUCUCCAAACCUAUAUUCUCUGAAGCCCAAAAGUUCCAAAAGUUGCAAAUCAAACAUGCAGUUACAGAAGCAGAGAUUCAAAAACUGAAGACCAAGCUGCAAGCUGCAGAAAAUGAGAAAGUGAGGUGGGAACUAGAAAAAACCCAACUUCAACAGAAUAUAGAAGAGAAUAAAGAAAGAAUGAUGAAGUUGGAGAGCUACUGGAUUGAGGCUCAAACGUUAUGCCACACAGUGAACGAGCACCUCAAAGAGACUCAAAGCCAGUAUCAGGCCUUGGAGAAGAAAUACAACAAGGCAAAGAAACUGAUCAAGGAUUUUCAACAAAAAGAACUUGAUUUCAUCAAAAGACAGGAAGCAGAAAGAAAGAAAAUAGAAGAUUUGGAAAAAGCUCAUCUUGUGGAAGUUCAAGGCUUGCAAGUACGGAUUAGAGAUUUGGAAGCUGAGGUGUUCAGGCUACUGAAGCAAAAUGGGACUCAAGUUAACAACAACAACAACAUCUUUGAGAGAAGGACAUCUCUUGGUGAGGUCUCUAAAGGAGAUACCUUGGAGAACUUGGAUAUCAAGCAGACAUCAUGUCAAGAUGGCCUAAGUCAAGACUUUAAUGAAGCAGUCCCAGAGACAGAGCGCCUGGAUUCAAAAGCACUGAAAACUCGGGCCCAGCUCUCCAUGAAGAACAGACGCCAGAGACCGUCUAGGACAAGACUCUAUGACAGUGUCAGCUCAACUGACGGGGAGGACAGUCUGGAGCGAAAGCCUUCAAACAGUUUCUAUAACCACAUGCACAUUACCAAAUCACUUCUGCCCAAGGGUUUGAGAGCUUCUCCAGAAUCAGAUUCUGGUGCUUCGUCCCUCACUCCAGUGGCUGGCAGGGUGCCCUUCUCGUCUGACCACAUAGCUGAAUUUCAAGAAGGACCACUGUACUCGGAAGGGGAGCCUUCCUCCUCUGUUGGGGAAGACACUUCACUCUCCUCUCCUUCAAAAUCUGAUCAUGAUACGGAAGAAUUGCCUUGCCACAAUCAAGCCACCACCACGAAAAUACUACAAGAGAAAGAUGGUGCCAAAGGUCCCAAAUCACUAAGGGCAUCCAGUUCAUUGGUGGUACGAGGAGGAAAAAUUAAGCGGAAGUUCGUGAAUCUGGGGGCACCUUUGCGGAAGAAUUCCAACAAGGGAAAGAAAUGGAAAGAGAAAGAGAAAGAAGCCAAUAGGUUUUCUCCAGGUAGCAGGAUCUUCAGAUGCAGGCUGGAAACCUGGAAACCAACGCCAUCCUCCACUGCUCAGGCCUCCACACGCUCAACUGGCCUGCCUUUCUCGUGGUUUAAUGAAAGCCGAAAAGGAUCCUAUUCCUUCAGGAAUCUGCCUUCAUCUGCAAGUCCCCUUCAGCCUUCUCCUGAAGCUCUAAUUUCAGAUAAAAAGGGGUCUAAGAAUUUUCCCUUCAAUGAUGAUUUCAGUCCUAGCAGCACCAGUUCAGCAGACCUGAGCGGCCUGGGAGCAGAACCCAAGACGCCUGGCCUCUCUCCGUCCUUGCUGCUCUCAUCCGACGAGAUCCUUGAUGACGGACAGUCUCCCAAACACAGUCAGCAUCCGAGUCGGGCCGUUCGUGAGUGGAGCGUGCAGCAGGUUUCUCACUGGCUGGCGAGCCUAAAUCUGGAGCAGUAUGUCUCUGAAUUCAGUGCCCAAAACAUCACUGGAGAGCAUCUCCUGCAGUUGGAUGGGAAUAAACUCAAGGCCCUCGGAAUGACAUCAUCCCAGGACCGAGCCGUGGUCAAAAAAAAACUGAAGGAAAUGAAGGUGUCUCUAGAGAAGGCUCGGAAGGCCCAGGAGAAAAUGGAAAAACAAAGAGAGAAGCUGAGGAGGAAGGAACAAGAGCAAAUGCAGAGGAAGUCUAAGAAGACAGAGAGGAUGGCCGCGGCCUCAGAGGGUGCUAGUGAGCAGUGACGCGCACCGAGACGCUUCCACCUCUCCUGCCCUGCUCUCCUCUGGAGGACGGAAGGACACUGAUGACACGCGUUAUGUGCUCUAGGCAGACUGGGGAACCGUGUGUUCAAUAACUGCAAUCUUCUGCGUCCAUAGAGUACACUCUUAAUCUUAACCUGCUGAAGUAAUCCCAAGCCACCUUUGGUCUAGUAACAGACAGAGGGUCUCAUUUGUGAGAGACAUAAAGUAGCGGCGUUUCUCUGUGUCGGGCGGGUGGUGUCCCCUGAAGAACCAGCGUGACCCUGUCCAGCAAAAGCGUGACACACCCUGGCGUCGUCAGGGGCGCGCCAUGCCUUUCCAGCGCGGGGUCCUGAAGCUGAGCCCUGGCGCAGGUCUGCAUGGCCAGGAGCACCGCUCAGCCUUGAGAUCGGGGCUGCAGAAUCCACUCGGAGAGCAAGGUCCCCCAUCAUUGCCGGUGUCUGGACUGUGAGACAGCCCCACCGUGGAAAUGUGGGUGCUCUGCCGUGUAAUUACCGACUGUGGCUGAAAGCAGGCAAAUUGUUCUGUUUGCUAGGCAUCAGGAAGAGAGAAAAGAGUUACGCUUGCUUGCUAACCCCAGAAGGAAGCAAAAGCCUUAAGAAUGUGGAUGUGGAUAUUACUUCGGGGUUCCGAGGGUAACAUUUAUCCUCCAGAUUUAGCCAAACAAAGGAAAAUUCAAGCAUUAAUGCAGCCAUGGGUACUGGGACCUGUUGUUUCCUUUGUUCAGUAUUUCAGCAGCACCGACACACACAACACGGUUCCUUUUUUUCUCCAACAAAUUGAACAGGAAAUUGAUUUUUAAGGAAGCCAGCAUUUUCAGGUUUCCUCUCCUGGGGAACAUUCGGGCUAGUCUUCAGCCUGACUGUGACACAGUCAGGAACUCAUCACAUAUUUUCUACUCAAGAUUUCCCAAGUGGGCUCAGUCAGAGUUUUAACAAAUGUACUUUUAAGAAAAAUAGAAAUACCAGUUAGAGAAAAGUUAGAUUUGACUAACAUUCAACCAGAGAAGCAAUUUUAUUGAGCACACAGAAUGUUCCCAUAAAGGAGAGCUGGCAGUUAUAUUUUAGAGAUGUUUUGAAUGGUUUUUCUGAGCCAGUCUCUUUCAUUCCUUGGAGAUUUCCACUUUACAGUUAAAGUUUGUUUAAGACGGUACACACGAUGCAGUCUCGCAGUGCAAGCAGUUGUCCUUAUUUUAAAGCCAGUAUUAAGGAUUUCAGUGUUUCAUCGAACUAAUUCAAGUGCAGGAGAGUGGGGCAGAUGGAGGAGAAAAUAAACUCACCUCGAGAAAUUUCAAAUGAUGGACUUUGCUGUUGUUGUUGCUCUUUUGCUUUUUAUGCUCACGUAUCUGGUUCUCUUAGCUGCAUUGGCUGCAAAAAUGAGGUCAUCCACUUUUCAGAGGACGAGUUUCCAAACAAGAGUUGAGGCCAGAUGAAUUCCUGGACAAGUAUUUUACUUCCUUUUCUUAGGUUUCAGGGGGGGUCUCAGUCCUAUCUUCCACUGGAAAAUGUUCUAUACACAGAGCUUAGGGGAAAGCUUUCAAAGGUUACAAGUAACAAAUAAUGUUAAAGGGGCUUCUUACCAUACAGGCCAUCUCCUAUUUGGAACAUUGUGCUUUUUUUCUUUUUUUUUUUUUUUUGCUUGUCUGAAUAUUCAAAAUCUAAAAUUGUCUAAAUUAGAGGUUUGUAAUCUUGUUCCUCCCUAAGGCUCAUUUCCUUUUCAGUACCAGAGUAUUGUCUGUUAAGCUUCAGUCCCUUUGUCACUAGGUAUAGAUCAUCUAUUCGAUCCUCAGAAACAUAAAGUAACAUUGUGUUUUAUAAUUAUCAAAGUCACUACCUAUUUUUCUUCUAUCUUCAUUUGGGGUAUGAUAAUGAAACUGCCAUACUGGAAUCUCUAUUAAUAUUUUGAGGUGUGUGGUGCUUUGUUAUUUAUUAAUGUCAUGAGAAACCAGGAACCACUAUCAAUUAACUACAAAAUUCAGCAAAUCUUUUCAAUACUAAAAGACUAAAUUAGUCAAAAUCUGGUAAUGCUAGUGCUUGCUGUUGUAAAUGUCAGUGAUUUUUGCUUAUCUUUGGGGAAAAAAGUGAUCUGGAUCAUACUGGAAGCUUCACUGUGUUCAUUUUAGGAGUGGAAAUAGAAGGAUGAUUAUCUUAUGUUUACACUUUGGUAAUAUUUGAAAAUGGAUGUAUAUACUGGAAAUGUCUGUAAGUCUCAGUCUCUGCACAUAAUUUAUGAUUAUAUUGCAUUUUUAAGUGUCUUAGGAGUAUUGUUCUUUAACUUUAUUUGUACACUUCCAAUAUUUAGAUCAAUGACCGGUUGACAAUAUUAUAAAUUGAAUUCUUAUUCUUCAAAUCAUUUAUUUUGUAUUAUAACUGUUUUGAUUUUUUUUAAGUUAAAUUAUAGUAAUUUUAGAUUUUAAUGAGUUAUUUUAAGUAAUUAAAACUGCUAAAAUUGAUUUGAUUGUCCAACAAAGGAUAAAAAGUAAACAGAUUGAUAAAAGGAUUUGAAAACAAAGGGAAGGACCUCAGAUCUUGUGAACAUUUUGUUUUACUAUUAUUUUCUUUAUUGACUCUGGAGCAUGAUGCCUCAUUGAGGUUCCAGUGUCUUAUACAAUCCUUACUUUAACGCUAGUGGUUUUCAGUAUCCUUAAAAUUUAACACAGAAUUGUUGCUUCAUGAACAUUAAAGGCUUUGUAUUAAAUAGCUUUUUUUUAUUUGCCAGAAAAUGAACAAAAAGGGAAUAUCUGCUUACUUUGAACUGUAUUCCCUAAACGACAGCUCGGUAUGACGCCUGCAGUAGCCAAAAGUGUUUUGGGGGUACAGGUAAUGCUUUAGGGGACAGGGAAUUGUGGAGCGGCCAGAUGGUAGACAGUGUUGUGUGAGCUGAGUGUCUGGGGCAAGGUGUUCCACUACAGGACUUAGAUGACUGUAUUUAAGACUGUCUCUCUUAAAGUAACUCACAGGUUAUAAACAGUUUUCUCCCAUUUUUUUUUUUUCCCUGAAUCAGUUUACUGCAGUGAUAAGUAGGGUGGAAUCUUACUUUUGCCCGUUGGAACGCCCUGAUGACGUCCACCAUUGGUUUCAUGACCACACAGCAACUCUGUGCUGGGGUCCUUUCAUCGGGGCUGACGUGGGCUUCCCACCCUCACAGGGGGUCAGCGCUUCUGACCCGCCACAGCCCGUGACCGCAGUGAGACAGGCCCUGAUUCCCAGCUCCGCCUUCAGGGGAUGCGAAAUGGGAACACUGGCUGCGCGGCUUUGUUGGAAAGCGAGGGAGAAGAGGCCAGGACAGGAGCCAAAUGAGCCCUUGCCUUUUAUCCUGUAGUCCCUGCUGUCCUGCAGCCUUGAGAUACUCCAGGCCCAGUCUACUGCUAGGCCCAAGCCAGGGUUUUGAUCUAGCACCUUAACUAGCCUUUAUGGUUUUUUGCUGAAGACAAAAUUUCUCUGUGAAAUAGGACUAAUACAUGCUUUAGAAUUAUAUUUUUAAAAGGUAAAUGAAAAUUAACAUCUAUGUUGCUAUUCUAACUCAUUUCUAAGUGUUAAAGAUUAUACAGGCCAGGCUGCAAGAGAGCAGAUCCAUGUCUGACCACAGUGUUCAAGAAGUUUCAAACUGAAAGGCAUGUCUAUGCUUCGGAUGGGACGUAGCUCCUUGAUUACAUCGAGAUAUUUCCAAAUUAUCAACUUCCAUUUGAGUAACUAAAUUUACGGUCCCAAUAGAGCUGUGGUUGAGAGGCGUUUCAGUUUGGACCGCAGUCACGAGGGUUCAUGUCAUUGGCUUGAUCCCAAGUCCUUAGUGCUCUCUAAAUGAAAAAGAAACGCUCAGUUUUUAAAAUACCUUUUUCCAGUUUACCUUUAAUCAAGGAUCUACCUGUACACUGUUCUGAAACUAAGCAUUUAAGGAUGAAGUCCAGAAAUGUCCGUAUUUCCUUCUGGAAUUGUUUUCAUUAUGAAGAUGGGGGUGGGAAAUAAAUUCUUAGAAAGACUCCUUGUCAUAAGAAAUAUGAAUGUGCUUCAGAAAUUUCACUCCUGAAGAACAGUCUGUGUAUGCCGGCAGAUCUUGUUUAUAUUUGUCUUAGGCAUUUGCAGUCUCAGGAAAGUUGGUCUUGAUCCAAAACACUGGGGGGAAAAAAAAUAACACCAGACAGAACACCAGUAGUAUUUAAAGUAAUAGCAUAGAAUAGACCCAAUGGAGAAGUCAGAAAGCAAAGAAAAACCCUACAGAAGUAAUUUCUCCUGGAACAUGGAAACAUCAGGGUCUACCUGACGCUAAAGAGAGGAUCCUUACGCUCUUGUGUGUGCACGUCUGUGUGGAUGUGUUGAGGGAAUCGUGUUUACUCAAAGGCUCACAUGUGUGAGUGUGUGAACCAGCAUGGCAUGUGACCUGCUCUCAGACCCACAGAGUGGGGAAUGAAAGAAACAUCAUGAUUCCGAUCCUUGGCCCCACACUAGCCCCAGCCCCCAGACCGCUAGGGACUCAAGAAUGAAUGCGGUAAAGAAUACGAGAACAAGAGGCAACUUCUCAAGAAUGUGCAUGCCAUUUGUGUUGAUGUACAGAACUACAUAUGUGUGAAUAUAUCUCCCACCAUACAUACACACACAGACUACCAUCUCACGGCAUAAAAAAUAAUUGUAUAUGGAACUUGGUAAUGUCAGAUAGGACCCCGAGCAGUAUCAUAGCCUUAUUGCCACUUUUGUGUGUGUGUGUGUGUGUACAUUGAAUGGCACAUGAGAUUUUAAGAGAUUUUUUUUAAUGUAUUUCUACUAAAUGCACUUACCUUCUACAUGUUUAUAUAUUUUGGUAAAGUUGGUUUAUUAGAUACUCGGUAUUUUAGUAACAUGAAAUUUCCUCACAUGUUUGGCUAAUGCUUUGAUGUCAAGAUUGCACAUUGCUGAGUUGAAGCUCAGACGUUUAUGCAGCUUCAGGCAUUUUCAACUGCAGACUGCAGUUUCCUUGGCUAAAAAUUGCACUGUGUGUUCCUGUGCAUUCGCUCACGCUCUAAAAUGCAUUUGGUCACUGUGACACUGCAGUUGCUGACUGCUGUCUCUCUGACGGCAGCGUUGCUAUCACAGGACCAUUUAUUUACUUCUUUUUUGGAGUGAUGACAUGGUUAGGUCAUCACCAAAUAUAACACAAGUGGAUGUGAGCAUGAGUAUGUUGUUGGAAAGUGUACAGUUCUGUUUCCUUCAGCUAUCUGAUUCACACACCCAGAUUUCCUGUUAAAAGAACAAUUGGCCAAAAUAAUUAAGUCACCUUAACAAGUGGAAAUUAAGAGGCACUCCAGCUAGGUAGCAUCUCCCAACAACAUCAGAUUUAGUUAGUGCUUAGAGAAAACCCUGAAAUAUAUAUGUUUAUGUUUUCCUUAAUAUUAUUUAUGAUCAUCACUACUGCUUUUGUAUUUUUUAAUGGUGUCACAGUUAAACCACUAGUUCACCUACAUAUCACUAACUGGCCGGCUGAAAACGCGCGAGAGAAAAUGAAUUCUAUUCCGUUGUUGAGAAGUUGGUUUAUUUUCAUCUUUCUUUCUGUAUCACUAAAAGGAAAAGAGUUGUUUGAAAAUCAUUUUAAGUUCGAUAAGUACGGAUAGCAUGUUAUCUGAAAAUUUUAAUUUGUACAUUUUGAUGUCUGAUCAUCUGCAUGGAAGAGACAAUAGUGCCACGUCUGGAUUGUUCUCUUGUGCUUGGUUAAUAUGUACUUCUCUAGAUUGUUCUGUUUCAAACGCCAUUUCUUACUCUUCGGUUUUCAGAGGCAUUCAAAGCAAAAUAUCACAGUGGUCCUUUGUUUUCUGACCAAUCUAAAUAUACCUGUGAUUAAAUUUCAUUUGUUAGUGUAAAUAAAUUUCUUGCCAAUGAGUAUUAUUGUUGUUAGACAACGAAUGCAAUAAAAAGAGAAAUACUAA